GAGGCCGGGGCGGGGCAGGCGGGUGGCCGCGCAUCGCCGCCAGGACCUCUGCCCCUUCGGGGGCACAGCAGGGCUGUCACCCUUGGGCUUCGCGCAGUGACUGUAGGAAACGGUGGAUGUGAUGUGUCCCGUGCCUAGAUUUCUGCACGCCUUGGAUCCAUGCUCCUAAUCAGCUUAUGAGCUUCCCUUGACCUACGCUUCUUUUCCUAAUGCAUGUCUGACUAUGGCUGUCCUCAAAGUCAAAUUCACCAAAACCAAGCGGGACAAAUUGGCUCAGAUCUUAUGGAUCCUCAACUGGGUUUCUGUAGUGAGUGGGAUCAUUCUCUUCAGUCUUGGCCUCUUUCUGAAAAUAGAGAUCAAGAAGCGCAAUGAAGUGAUGGCAAAAGGGGACAUUAACUCUGUCCCCAACAUGCUGAUCUCUGUAGGGGUCAUAGCAUGUAUCAUCAACUUUCUGGGUGGCAAAAUUUGCUAUGACUGCUCAGAUGCAAACAAGUUCUCUCGCUGGAAACUAGUAAUGCUGCCAUACAUCGUAUGUACCUUCUGUUUUACCUUCUGUAUCCUGGUGGGUGCUCUCAUGUGCUAUACCAUGAGGAACGAGCUGGAAGAGUCUCUCUAUCUGGGCCUGAGGGAUGCCAUUAAGUUCUAUAAAGACACAGACAUACCUGGGCGAUGUUUCUUAAAGAAAACAGUGGAUUUGUUACAAAUUGGAUUCCGUUGCUGUGGAAACAAUGGCUUUAGAGACUGGUUUGAAAUUCAGUGGGUAUCUCCUCGGUAUCUGAAUAUGGCUUCCAAGGAGGUUCUGGACCGUCUGAAGAGCAACGUUGAUGGGAAGUUCUUGGUGGAUGGAGUCCCCUUCAGCUGCUGCAACCCCAGCUCCCCACGGCCCUGCAUCCAGUACCAGCUGACAAACAACAGUGCUCACUACAACUACGAUUUCCUCACCGAGGAGCUCAACAUCUGGAUGAAGGGGUGCAGAGAGGCUCUGCUGGAUUACUACACCGGAAUCAUGAGAUCCAUUGGCAUCGCAGCAUUGCUUAUCUGGUUGUUUGAGCUCUCUGUACUGAUUGGUGUCCGGUACCUACAAACAGCCAUGAAGAAUGUCCUUCUACUAGGAGAUCUGGAGGGUGAAUCAGAUGGUUGGUUACUAGAAAAUAGUUUUGUGGAAACUGCCAAAUACAACAUCAACAUCAUUAAGAAUCUCGGCAAAGCCAACCAGAUCUCCACUGUCUCAGGCAUGAAUGACCCCAACAUAAACAUUCAAAACACAGACUGUGACAAAAUUAAUAUUGCAACAAAAUCUAUCCCUGCAGCUAGGUAGGCAAAUCUUCCAAGAAAUCACAUCACAAGUGUAGCUUUGCUCUAUUACAGUCACCAGAUUUUAUCUGGUAGGGGAAAAAAAGUAGAAAAACUAGUAAAACAAUUGAACAAACCACAGACUGGUGACAACUCCAAAAAUGCUGAUACUUCUUUGGAUGGAUGUGUUUUUACUUGUAAAAUCCCUGAUUCUCAACGUUGCAAGAAAUAUAUGGAAUUUCCCCCACUUUCUCUCCUAUAUUUACAGACUUCCAUAAUGGUCUGAAUGCAUCAGAAUAAUCAUUAUGCACAAGCAAGUAUUUCAGACAGGGCGGGUCUACAUGUACUAACAUAAAAUUAGUUGAAUAGGUAGCAAAGAAGUUUGUCAUUACACCUAUAAAAAUCCCAAGAGCAGGGAAAUCCCAAAAGAAAUUAUUAGACUACAUAAAAACAUUAUUUAUAAAAAAGAUGACAAAAACUGAAAUGAAGAUUCUGCUGGUGCAAACUAGGAAAGGAGAAAUUGUAACAAAAACAUAUGUAUAUUACAGCCUACAAGAAUCUGCCAUGUAUGUAAAAUUCAUGUGAAGGCAAUAAAUGUUACCACAAAAGUA